AUGAGAGGUGGUGUUUUUGCUGUGAUCGCCAUCCUAGCUGUUUUCUCAUUGGUCGUCCAACCGGGCUGGGCCGUGACGUGUGGGCAGGUGGACUCGGCCCUGGCGCCGUGCAUUGGUUACCUUAUUGGGACUGUGGGCAGCCCAUCUCAACCGUGCUGUGCUGGCGUUCGGGCUGUAAAGGCUAUGGCCAAAACGACUGCCGACAAGCGGACUAGCUGCAACUGUGUCAAGGCCGCCGCUAGCCGCUACACCAACCUUAAGGACUCGGCUGCCCAGACUUUGCCGACUAAGUGUGGCGUCCAGCUGGAUAUUGUGGUUUCGCGAACUGAUCAAAUGAGGCGCGGGAUAGGGACGAAGAAGCAGAAGGAGCAGCAAUAAUGGAGUAUGGAGAUUGAAUAUUUGAAUAGCUAUAGAAUUUAGUAAAGUGAGUCAAGUAAUGAGAAAAUAAAGUCCUUGACCGUGGUUUGAGAACUCCAUGUACAUUCAAUAAAAGUUUCAUCAAGCUUUCAUUGUCUUGAAGCCUUAUUUAUAAACUUCUGCUUUCACUGUAAUGGAUUGCAUUUUCAUCGGCG